AUGGUACAGAAAUCUUUAUCCUCAGAUGACAUCGAUUUAGAAAUUGAUUACGCUGAAAGUGGUAACAGCGAAUGGAAUGAAGAUAGUGAUUCAAUUGUAGAGAAUACGGAAGUCGAAAAUGAAAAGGUGACUGAAAAACGGAGACUGAAACUUGCUUUUUAUAAAAGGUCACAAAAAAGAGUCAAAGACCUCUUUCGUACUCCGGAUCGGAUCUUGAAAAUAUGCCUUUAA